AUGAAUGAUCAAGAAGAAUACACUCUAGCUUCGAAGUCAUCACACGUUAAUGAUAAAAAUAAGGGAACUAGCGGGCAACUUGAAAGAGAUCCACAAGAUACUCUUCGAAAAAAUCAGCAUGAGAUGAAUGAAGAGAUGAAUCACCACACAAAUAAGGAUACAACGAUAGGAAUGGGGAAUGACCAGCAGAUACUUCCCCAGUAUCAAAGACAACCUUCACAAUCACAACCGCAACCGCAGCAAAGAAAUGAUUCUAUAUCGUUGUUUGCAAACUUUAAUCAAAAUCCGCGGCUUUCAACAGAUUCAUCCAUCAAUUCUUACCUUAAUAUAUCUGACAAUAAUAAUAUUCCUCCAAAUACUGCAAAUAUAAAUGGUUCUGUAAGUUAUGGAUCCAAACGACCAACGUUACCCAGAUUAUCUGAUUUCUCAGCACAGACACAACAGCAACAAAAUCCCAUACCAGACCUUUCACAAAUCGGUAGAGGAUUUUCCAUAGUAAAUAAUAUAUGGAAUCAACAGCCUCAACCUCCCAUGUCUAUUCGAAGGCAAACAAACGACUCAAACGAUCUUUUUAAUAUUCCUAAGUUCAAAACACCUUCUUUCUCAUCUUCAUCAACAGCACCUGGAGUGCCAUCAUACCAAGAUUACUUUUCAUCUUCAGCAUCUAAAAACCCUUCUGAGAAAUCAUUGCCUCCAUCAAAGAGAAAUUCAUUCUUCUUAAAUACAACUGAUAUCCCUGAUUUCGAAUUCUUUAAUCCAGCUAAUAUUCCAUUACCAAAUUAUCAAGGUCUUCCAUAUCCUCCACCUCCGCAACAACAACAACAACAACAACAUCAGUUUAAAUUCGAAAAUGGGAACUUGUUAAUUGAUCCCAGAUCAAGGCGACAAAGUUCAACAACAAUGAAACCUCCGACAUUUAUUCCUUUACCAAAUACAAAAAAUGUUAAUGAUAAUAAUGAAGUAAUGAAAAAUUCUAUUAUACUACCAAAUACUAAUACUACUAAUAAUAAUGAUAAUAAAACCACUAGCGGUGAAAACGUAAUGAAUGCAAUGAUUUUAUCAAGAAAUAAUUCAUUAAAAUUCAUGCCAGAGGAAAUGAAUUUCCAAUACAAAAGAAGGAACUCAUCUCUUAAUGAUCCAUUAUUUGAAACUUUUACAAAUGCAGGUAUGCCUACAAUAGCUAAUAAUAAAAGUACUAGCAACAUUGAUAACGGUAUUCCAUAUCCAUUAAAGAAAGAACCAAAAGAUAACAAUCCUCGUUUUGAAACAAUUCAAGAAUUGAGUAACACAGAAGAUAACGUACUAAGUAAUAUCCAGACUCAAAAUUCAAGUCCAAACAAAAUUGUAAAACCACAAUCUAAGCCUAAUAAAAUUAAACAAGAACUAUCCCCCACCGAAAGGUUUUUCUGGGAAAAUGAAAACGUACAAGACGAAGAUAUUAUGAACGAACAACAGAAACAAUCAUCAACAAGAUUUGUGGAUAAAUCAGAUACUACAAACCCAUUUUCUUUUCCCAAUAAGAUUGAUGAAAGCAUUAAUAAUAAUAACAUUAAAGAUAUAAAAAUGGAAAAUGGAAGAGAUUCCAAGGAUUUAAAUACAAGAUCAUUACUAGGGUCCACUAAAGUAGAUCAACUAAUGUUAAUGAUUCAAGCAAGGAAAAAGGGAGUAACUGAAGUGGUACAUACUACUCCUGAUGGUCAAUUAUUAAUAACGAAUGAUUCUCAUAUUUUACCAUCUAAAAAUGAAUUAGUAGGGGGGGUAGAAAAGCCAAAAGUAGUCCAUGAAGGUUCCAAACAACAUGAAUGUCCAUAUUGUCAUAGACUAUUCUCACAGUCCACACAUUUGGAAGUUCAUAUAAGAUCUCAUCUUGGAUAUAAACCAUUCCAAUGUAACUUUUGUGGGAAAAGAUUCACUCAAGGUGGUAAUUUAAGAACUCAUCAAAGGUUACAUACAGGUGAAAAACCUUAUCGUUGUGAAAUUUGUGAUAAAAGGUUUUCACGUAAGGGGAAUCUAGCAGCUCAUAAAUUAACUCAUCGUGAUGUCAAACCAUUUGUUUGUAAAUUGGAUAAUUGUAACAAAACUUUUACUCAAUUAGGAAACAUGAAGGCUCAUCAAAAUAAAUUCCAUUUACAAACGUUAUUAGAAUUGACUUCCAAAAUCGCUGAAAUGAAUCCAAAUGAAACAAUCCCAGAGGAAGAUCGUGAACUAUUAGAAUAUUUUGCCUCAAUAUAUAAAAAUUCAAAUAGAGGUAUUAAGGGUAGAGGUAAGGUGCACUCAAACAAGACACAAAGAAACGAAGAAUCUAAUGUUAGUCCAUCAAAUGAUACUACAGAGGAUUCCUUUGCACACGAUGAUCAAAAAAUUGGUGCUACUUCUAGUCGCUUUGCUGAACCAAUGCAGGCUAUACCCCUUUCAACUCAACAAAAAGAACGAUUGGAUGCUAUUAUCAAUUCAAAAGGAACUGAAGUUGAUUCACAAGAUGAUCAAUAUCAAUUUCCUGCCAAUAUUAACGCUGAAAAUUUGGAAGAUAGCAAGACUAAAACAAAACCUAACAAGAGAAAAUCCGGUAACAAGACACAUGGGAAAUCGAAAUCUGAUUCCAUCACAUUACUUCCUUAUUUACAAAAUUUGAAUAGUCACAUGAUGUCACACUCCUCCUCUACAACGAAUCAUGGUAAUGAACAACAACUGCCUCAAAUCCAACCAAAAGCGCAUCAAAGAUCGACUGCAAGUUCUAGUUAUAACUAUACUACACUCCCGCAUACUCAAAUCAACUAUAAUGUUCCUCAGUCAUCACAAGAUGAUGCUACUACUGCCCAUUUCUACAAGAAUAAUGUUACUACUGAAAACCCUAAUGUAGUUGAGAACAAUGGUCAUAUCCCAUCUCUGCCAGAUACAUCAUUCCCUUUUAGUUUUAGUCGAUCUGGAACUUUGACUUCUAAUAUCAACGAUAUGAUAAACAAUGCAGGUUCAUUUGUAACUCCUCCAACCUCUUCUUUUAAUAACAUUCAGGAUUCCUCCAAAAUAAUCAACGACCACACGUUAACUUCAGAUAGUAGUAAUCCUAAUAUUAAUAUAUCUUCCGUACCUCCUGCAGAUACUAAGACUAGUUCGCAUUUCCCACUACAAAAUGCAUCUCAAGAACAACAACAUUCAGGGCCUAUAUCUUUCAAAAACAUUAACUACAAAAGAUAA